AUGUCUGUUACUGAUGAUGAUCUUGCUGUGGUGGCCCACUCGUUUCCCAAUUUUAAAGAGCUUGUUUUGGUCUGUUGUGAUGGGUUUGGUACCUCUGGACUUGUUGUUGUUGUUAGUGAGUGCAGCUAUUUGAGAGUUCUUGAAUUGAUUGAGGAUGAGGUUACUGAUGAUGAAGUUGACUGUAUUUCGUGUUUUCCGGGUGAUGGUGUGACAAAUUUGGAAUCUUUAGCUUUUGAUUGUGUUGAAUCUGCUAUAAAUUUUGAGUCUUUAGAGAAGCUAGUGGCUAGAUCACCUAGAUUGAAUCGGCAUGUUAGUAUAUCGCAGCUUUAUCGGUUGCUUAUCAGGGCGCCACGGUUGACUCAUUUAGGAACUGGAUCUUUUAGUCCUUCGGAGGAACAACCACAAAAUGACAACAGUCGAGAAUCAGAUUAUCUUUCUGCAUUUGCUGCUUGCAGAUCGAUUGUUUGUCUUUCGGGGUUUAGAGAAAUCGCACCGGAGUAUCUUCCUGCGAUUGUUCCGAUUUGCGCUACUCUUACGUCGUUAAAUCUUAGCUAUGCGAACGUUGAUGCUGAGCAGUUGAAACCUGUUAUCCGUCUCUGCCAUAAGCUUCAGGUUUUCUGGGUAAGUCGUAUUCGUUUAGAUAUGGUGAUCGACGAUGAAUUGAAGUUUAUCAGUGGAAUUGAGCGAGUGAAAAGAUUUGGGGGUGAAAAAACCUUUUUAAUUGAGGUUGGUGAGGUUGGUGAGAUAAAUGCAGGUGGAAUAAAGGCUUAA